AGGAGUUCAAGUUUCGUUUUUUGUCAUUUAUCAUGAAGAGGAAAGAUAACACUCUUUAAAUAGGAAUGUAAUACUACGACUACUACUAAUAAACAUAAUCCUAAUAGUAGGAGAUACCGGGGGUGUUAACAUUGCAGUGACGUCCUUCCUUAAGUUUCAUUUCUCAAUAUCUCUGUGGUUUGACAGGGUUUGACAAACUGUCAGCAGAAGUGCGUCUGGAGAUAAUUGAGCACGUUCUGAACGUUUGUGCGCAACUUCUGCAGCUGAAGACGAUGUUGAAAAUACUUCUGCUCGGUCUGUUUUUCCUCCCUGCAUCGUUACAAGGUGUGUCCCCCAAAGAGAUAUAUGUCAAGGCAGGUGACUUGGUGGCACUGGAGUGCCCUUGUAAAGGGUCUAACUGUGUUGAUGCCAAACCAAUCUGGACCAGUUACACCACCCAGGAGAUGGAUCUGACUAAGAUGUCAUCAGCGGAGCGGAUGCAGAUGGGCAUGCUUAUUCAUGGGAGGAGUCUUGUGAUUCUCACUGCUUCUGUAAACCAUCAGGGGAAUUACUCAUGCUCUCUGGGGAAUGCCAGCAGACAGUACUGGUUCAGCCUGAUGGUAUACACCACAGUGCAAGAAGAGACCACGUACCCUUGGACAUGUGCGGCACAAGAGGCCUGCGAAUUGAUUUGCCCUGAUGCAAAUGUACCUGCUAAAGGUACACCGAAUAUUACCAGCAAGGACAUCAUAUGGCACAAGGAGGGGGAGUCAUCGCUAAAAACUACAGGUUACUUCUCGAGGGUGAAGGAGAAUGACCAUGGUGUCUAUACCUGUACCAGACCUUACCUGUAUCAUGAUCAAACAUAUAACAUGACCUUUACAGUGGUGCUUGAUGUUGAAUCUAACAUUAAAUCAAACAUAUUUUCACGUAUCACUUCACCACGCAUGAGUGAAGUUUUUUACGUUGAUCUGGGCUCACCAAAGGUGAUUGAUUGUAAAGCUGUGAUGUAUUCAAAGGAUGAAGAGGUGUUCUGGUUAAGUGGGGAUUCAUUUGUGGACACUAACGCCAGCGCAUCUGUUUACUACAAUUACACAGCAAGUGAAUAUGAUACUGAAGGAAUAAAGAUGACAGCAUCUCUGGUCUUAAAAAAAGUGUCAGAGGAGGAUCUAUCAAAAAACUACAUCUGUAAACUGCAAACUGACAAAGAAGCCUUUCAACAAUAUGUCAACAUCACCUUGACACAAAAAUUUAAGCCUUCUUACAAACGCUUGGCUCUUGGCAUUGUCUGCGUUGUGAUAGUGAUGGUUGUGACAGUAGUUAUCUAUGUGAAGUUCAAAAUUGACAUCACUCUUUUCCUGCGUGACACUCUUGGUUUACACAGCAGCAUCUCAGAUGGAAAGAGCUACGAUGCCUUUUUGAUGUCUUACAAGAGCGACACAGACUCAGGGCUGAAUGAAGAUGACAGAAAACAGCUGGAGAGUGUUCUGGAAGAGACAUUUGGUUACAGUCUCUGUCUUUUUGAUCGUGACAUCUUACCAGGGGAAUCUGUAGCAGAGGCAGUGUUAGACUGUAUAGAGCAAAGCCGGACGUUGGUUUUGGUUCCCACCUCUUCAGAUCGUGGUCCAGAAUCUGGUCUGCUGAGUGCCAUCCAUGAAGCUCUUGUGGAGCGACAGACUCGCUUGGUUUUCAUCAAAACUGAGGCAACAGAUGUGUCAUUACCAGAGGCCUUGCAGCUUCUUGGCAAGGCUGGAGACUGUGUCACCUGGAAAGGCGAAAGCUCCAGGCCACUCUCCUCCUCCUUCUGGAAGCAGCUACGCUAUCACCUACCUGCCCCUCAGUGCACACCAAAAAUAACACUUUUACCUCAAACAGUCUAAGAUGUUACUGGUACAAUGCUCAGCCAGGUCAGAAUUAAUUGCCUGUAUUACAUGUGUUUCCAGUAUGUGACCUAAUAAUAUUAAUACUAAUAAUUAAUUCAAAAGUCUAAGUCUCUCAAAACAGCAACAGCCCCUUUUGGGUUGACGCAAUCACUGUGAAAGCUGCUGCGUCACAUUUUGCUCAUCAAACAAUAAAAAAACCCAGCUUGCAACUUUCAUUACUUCUUCAAAGAGUUAGGGACAAUAAGAGGAACUAGAUCUGUUGCUUCAGGCCAAUCUUGGGGACCCGCCAGGUCAAUAUUGCAAGUCUGCGGAAAACACAUCAUCAUGAGUUAAUGAUGAUACUGAAUAAAUGCGUGCCGAUUGUGCCAAUCAGAAAAGUUAGCGAUUGUGUAAAUAUUGUCCGUCGACUUAAAACGCCACCACAGUAAUAUUUAAUUACAGAAAUUGAUCUGACCUACAUUGUAACGAAUCUUGUAAACAACUCAAAGUUAUGUAGGAAGUGGGCUGAAAACCAACCUGUUUUCUAUUUCUAUUGGUUCGUUUUAGGUCACCUAUUAAGCACAGAUAGCCAUCAAAGUACAGACGGCAGAUCUGCUGCUGUUUCCACAGUACAUUACAGCCCACAAAAAAAUAGAAGAAGUUUUGUUCUGCAGAAAACCACAGAAAAGUGACAGAUGUUAUAAAUAGAUUACCUGGAACUGUUAGUCGUCUCCUAGUUGUUGGUACACUUGGAUGGUGGCACACUGAAAGGGAACUCAUUAACUCCUGUUUUGUUAUUUUAUUAUAUUUUUUUAAAUAUAUAACGAAACUGAUGAUUGUUUGGCAGUGACAGUAUGGUUUGCCUGAGUGGCCAUAGGAUUUUGGCUUCUAAAAAUUAAAAAAAUCUGUAUGGCAGUCUUAUUUUCUGCUUAUUGUAUGAGGUACUGUAUUUACUUAAAAGAGGGCAGGGGGAAUGACGCAAGGGCAAUAUAAGAUGCUCUCAUCUAUGCAUCUAUUCUGUAACUGUAAUAAAUAAUUUCCAUUGAACUUAAGUCAUUUUCAACAUUUCACUGCCCUAAUUUGUUAUACAUGUGUCCUUGACUUCUUGACUUCUAGCAUGACUGCUGACAUGAGCAAUAUUUUCAUGUCACAAAAGAUAUAAUGUAGGUAUGAGUGUAAUCUAAAAUACUUUUUUGAUGUCAUUACACCUCAUGAAUUUACAUUUAUAUUAACCUCUUUGGAAACAGGGUCGCAUAUUUCAUUGGUGUAACUGAAUUCUUCAUCUUUACUGUUAUGCUUUUCUUUUUCUUUUUUUGCCAUACCACUGUGUACACAGGUCUUCUAUGGGCAGCUUUUACUUGAAUUUGUUUUUGAACAUGCCAGCUCUGUUCUCUUACUCACCCAAAGCACUAUCUGCAAUGUGACUGUAAUGCUGCUACUGUAUUUACUGAAGCAUGAAAUGUGCUGCUGUUAUGUGACGUGCCUUCAAAAUAAAUUGUAUUUUAUAUUAAAGUCA